AUGCUGUGCAGUCAGCUGUUGUUUUAUGUCUACAUCCUCACCUUUCUCAUGGGGGUCCCUGCCAACAUCCUGGCCUUCUGCACCUUCUGCCGCAAGGUGCGCCGCAAGGCAGCCCCAAUAGACAUCCUCCUCCUCAACCUCACCAUCUCUGACCUCAUCUUCCUGGCUUUCCUGCCAUUUAAAAUUAAGGAGGCCUCUGAUGACAUGGUCUGGAUGCUGCCUUACCAGCUGUGUCCCUUCAGUGGUUUCAUGUUCUAUGUCACCAUCUACAACAGCACCCUGCUGCUAACAGCUGUGAGUGUGGAGCGCUACCUCGGGGUCGCCUACCCCCUCAGGUACUCCCUGUGCCGCAGACCUCGCUACGCCAUGUGGGCCAGCAUCAUGUUCUGGGUGGUGAGCUCUCUGAACCUCAGCAUCGUCUACAUCAUGCCUUAUGCCCAGUGGAGCAAAGGUGCACACAGUGACAACAACAAUGGAAGCACCACCAACAGCCCUCCCCCCACCUGCUACCUGAAUUUCAGCCAAGAAGAGCUCGCCAUCCUUCUACCAGUCCGCCUGGAGCUCUUUCUCGUUCUCUUCUGCAUACCCUUCUUCAUCUGCUGCUUCUGCUACGUCAACUUCAUCCUCAUCCUGUCCCGUCUCCCAAACAUUGGCAGACGCCGGAGGCUGCGUGCCAUUGGUCUGGCACUCGGCACGUUAAUAGUAUUCGCCGUCUGUUUUGGGCCUUACAACGCCUCCCAUGUGGUGGGGUUUGUUCAUCAGGACAGUGAGGGGUGGAGGAACGUAGCAUUGCUCUCCAGCACAUUCAACGCCUGCCUGGAUCCAGUUAUCUUUUACUUCUCCUCAGCGGCUGUAAGAAGCAUGUUAAAUCACUGCUUCAGGAACAUAAUGGCAAAGCUGCACAUCCUGAGGUGUGGAGGGGCUCCUCACAGUCCUCACCAGAGGCCCUUCAAGACUAAAAAAUACAAGGAAGCACCCCUUCCCUGA